AAACGCCCGUUUUUAUGCAACGGUGUCAUUCAUUGACCAAUCGAUACGGAGAAUAUCGAGAAGGGGUUGGACCGAGGAAGUCGCUAAUUGAUCGGGAGCGUCAUCGUUAACGUUCUCGAACAAUUGGCAAGGUAUGAAAAAUUCGGGUAACGCCACGUCCAACGUCCAACGUCCUCGGGGGAGGCGGGUUUAUUUCGGUUCGCGGCAUCCUUCUCGAGGGUUCGCGUGGGCUUAGGACCGAGCGGGGUAUCCCCUCAGGUAUUCCUGGAUCCCCCGCGCGCGCUAUCGACGCGGCCGCUGGAGGUUCCUCGGAAUCGAGUCGCGCAUGCGCCCGGCCCGGAGGCACGGCGUCUGCGCCCGAUCUCCACGCAGUGCCGACGGGCUUCGGGUGGUUUCGGGUCCGAUCUCCUCGAAGGCGACGCGACGCGGUCCGACGGUCGAGGAAGCCGCCGGCCGGGGGAUAUCGAUGAGACGGUCGAUCGGAAACCGAGCCUCGCGGGCCGCGAGGGUCCCGCGAUGACCCCCGGGGGCGAGGUGGACGGCACGAGGUAAGGAUGGAGGACGAGCUGCGAUGCCCCGCGUGCAAGAGCCUGCUGAGCGAGCCCGUGCUCCUGCCCUGCUGGCACGCGCUGUGCCUGGCGUGCGCGGUCAACCUGCAGGCGCCGCCGGACCCGCUGCCCGACUCCGCCCCCAGCUCCGACCAGGAGGCCGACAAGCUGUCCAUCCUCUCGGAGACGGACUCGGGCGUGGUCUGCGGCAGCGGCUCGCGCCCCGGCAGCUAUGUCGGCACGCCGGCCAACGGCACUUCCCCGCCGUCCGGCGGCACGCUCUACCUCUGCUGUCCCGUCUGCCGGAAGAACGUCUUCUUCGACGAGGGCGGCGCCUACAACCUGCCCAAGUACCGCGCGAUGCGGCGCAUCGUCGACAAGUACCGGGAGACGCGGAGCGCCCACCCACUCUGCCAGAUGUGCGAGACGGAGCCCGGCGAGGCCACCGUCGCCUGCGACCAGUGCGAGAUCCGCUACUGCGACGCCUGUCGGGAGUCUUGCCACCCCAACCGCGGGCCGCUGGCGAGCCACAACCUGGGCCCCCCCGGCCCCGGAAGUCAGCGCGGCGCGGGCCCGGAGCCCUCCUGCGCCUGCGCCUGCCCCGACCACGGGGGCGAGACCCUCGGCCUCUACUGCGCGCCCUGCAAGCUCGCCGCCUGCUCCCUCUGCGUCCGGGACCGGCACGCCGCCCACCCCCGAGACGUGCUGCCGUUGGCGGCCGCCUGCAAGACGCAAAAGACCGAGCUGUCCCAGAACCUGCAGCACCUCUCGGAGAAGGCUCGCUCCACCACCGAGUUCAUUCAAAGGCUCAAGGGGCUGACGGACAGAGUCCACGAGGAGUUCGUCGUCGUGGAAGAGGAGAUAGAGCAGCGGGUCGCGGCGCUGGUGGCUCUGCUGCAGAGCCGAAAGGACCGGUUGCUCGACGUGGCGAGGCAGACUCGCGAGGCUCGCGUUCGCUGCCUCAGGGAUCAGGUGUCGAGAUGCGCCGCCCACCUUCAAGGAACGACCUCCCUCCUGACCUUUUGCAUCGAGGCGUUGAAGGAGACCGACGGCACGGCGUUCCUGCAGAUCGGUGGAAUGCUCUCCGCCAGGGUCGCCAACGCCGUCGAGUCCUGGGUGGACGCCGUCGGCAUAGAGGAGCUGACUCGCCUCCCGCUUCUGGACUUCACCCUCGACGACCAGUCCCUGAGGCGGGCGAUCGACCAGCUCGCCUUUACUCGGAUUAAACCUUCUCAACGAGAAGACGAAUGUCCCGUGCCAGCACCUGCCGCCCCUCUUCUGAUCCCGGAGGAGUGCAGCGCGGAAAAUAACAGCGUCACCGUCGCUUGGCAGCCCCCGCCGAGUAACGCGAGCGGAUGCGACCAGAGGUGCCCCGACGUCGAUGGCUACCUCCUCGAGCUCGACGAUGGCCGUGGCGGAGAUUUUAGAGAGGUGUAUUGCGGUCGCGAAACCAUGUGCACCAUAGACGGUUUGCACUUCGAUUCCUUGUACAAGGCCCGCGUCCGCGCUUUCAACUGUGCCGGAGAAGGCGAAUACUCCGAGCUGAUCGGAUUGCAAACGGCGGAAGUUGCCUGGUUUUCUUGGAGCACCGCCACUGCGGGAGUCCCGCAGGAAGUCAGCGUUUCCGACGACGCCAUGAGCGUGUCGUGUGCGGGUUACGAGCAUCGCGUUAUUUUGUCGAACAUCGGGUUCUCUCGCGGAGUGCAUUACUGGGAGAUGACGGUGGACAGAUAUCACAGCGAUACCGAUCCAGCGUUCGGCGUCGCUAGAGCGGAAGUCACUCGCGAUCAAAUGCUCGGCAAGGACGACAAAGGCUGGAGCAUGUACAUCGAUCGUCAGCGUUCGUGGUUCAUGCACGGCGGUGGACAUGCCCAGAGGACGGAAGGCGGCGUUCAACAGGGUUCCACCGUGGGCGUCCUCUUGGACCUCGAGACCGCCCACACCCUUCAGUUUUUCGUCAACGAUCAGCCCCAAGGUGGAGUCGCCUUCCGUGACCUCUAUGGGAUCUUUUACCCCGCGGUCAGUCUGAACCGAGGAGUUUCCGUCACGCUUCAUACCGCUCUCGAGGUUCCCAGACGUCUCGUUGCCCGCGAGAAUUACCCGGGCGAACUCUUACAAAGUUAGGAACACUUGGGCGUUACAAGGAAGGAUCUUCUUCGUACCCCGGGCUCCGUUUCGGGGCGAUCUCUCGAUAAGCUAAAAUAAUUAAGGAAACUUAGUGAAAUAGACUCGUUCGAGAGCGUUUACAUAGCGUCCACCUCAAAAUCGCGACAUUUCAUUCUUGCCCGACCGCGUACGGCUCUUCAUCAUCAAGUUGCCAUUGCGAUAUAAAGUGGAGGACGGACUCGGCUCGGCUUUUUUUUUUUUUUUUUUAUCGUACAACGGAAAUCGUCAAAGCUCAAGUCGUAUACUUCGGACCGAUAAAGGUCGGUCGAGUAUGCUUGUAUGUAUGUACGUCCGUUUGCAAAUCAAACCGAGCGUGCAUUUGCAUGACUUUCUUCCUCCCAAUUUCGAUUCCAUUAAAAGUAGUACAUGUUUUUAACGUGCAUUAAUGCCUCAUAUUCAAUGCUAACUGUAUACGUUCGUCAUCGUUUCGCACGGCUAAGGGAUACGCACGAUGUAAUAAAUUUGAUUCUACCUAUUUGUCUCCUCGUUCCGCAGCAAGGAUUUGGAUUCAAUAAUCAUUCGGCUUUGUACCCUCGACAGGUAUUGGCUGAUACUCGAGCGAGUCCGAAUCCAAUAUCCCCCCGUAGACUUCUCCGAGCCCAACCACAGAAUGCAGACCGUAUUCUUUGGUGGAACUCGCCAUUUUCCCGACCGAAUUAAGCGUUGUAAAUGUAAGCCAUUUCUACGCUUUGCUCCGUUCUCCGGUUGUUCCGUUUCAAUCUGCUUUUAGAUUCAUCGUAUCGCCACGAGUACAUUUCACCUGUUUUUAUUUAGUACUUCGCGGUACUUUGUCCAUUCAAAUACAGCUGCGUCGACUGUAGCACGCAUUUGAUAACUUACAGUUACAAUGCAAACGAGAAGUGCAAAGUACAUAGCGUCGCGUCGAGUCACAUCACGAACGCUCACGUUAUCGUGUCAACUCACCGAGUUUUCUUAGAGUACUCCCUUUUCUCCGUUUCGUUUUUCCCUUGUCCCUUUUGUGUAUGAGUGGGCGCUCGCAGGUCGGGGCAUUUUCAAGAUUUUUUUAUACCAACACAUAACGGUUAUCGAACAUGGGCUUUCGCCAAUCACCUUUCUAAACAUAAGAGAUUUACCUUCCCUUUUAUACGCCUGCGCCGCCAACUAUUUUCAAAUACUAAUAAACUAUAUUUAAUCAAUUUAAA